AUGGAUGAUGAGGUUGAUGCUUUGGAGAUAACUUGUACAUGGGAUGUUUGCUCUUUACCUCCUAACAAAAAACCAAUUGGUUGUAAGUGGCUUUAUAAGAUUAAGUAUCAUGCGGAUGGUACUAUUGAGAGGUAUAAGGCACGUCUCGUUUCUAAGGGUUACACUCAAGAGGAAGAGGUUGACUUUCAUGAAACGUUUUCUCCUGUUUGCAAUCUCACUUCUGUGAAGCUUCUUCUGGCUAUCUCUGCCAUUUCUGGAUUCACUCUUCAUCAAUUGGAUAUCUCUAAUGCUUUCCUCAAUGGGGACUUAGAUGAAGAAAUUUACAUGAAGCUUCCUCCAGGUUAUGCAUCAAGAAAGGGGGACUCUCUUCCCCCUAAUGCGUCUCAAUCGGAUCAUACUUGUUUCUUGAAAAUUACUACUGACGUAUUUCUCUGUGUGUUAGUUUACGUGGAUGACAUUGUGAUUGUCACCAACAAUGAUGCUGUCGCAGAUUGCUUGAAGACUGAGCUCAAAUCAUGUUUUAAACUUCGUGACAUGGGUCCUCUUAAAUACUUCCUUGGUCUCGAAAUUGCUCGUUCUGAUGCUGGAAUUUAUGUUGGCCAGCGCAAAUAUGCUCUGGAUUUGCUUGAUGAGACAGGUUUAUUGGGAUGCAAACCGGUUGCUUCUCCCAUGGACCCCGGUGUUAAGCUCUGCCAUGACUUUGGUGGUGACUUUGUUGAUGCCAAAUCCUAUCAGAGACUCAUUGGUCAAUUGAUGUAUCUGCAGAUUACUCGUCCUGAUAUCACAUUUGCGGUGAACAAGCUCAGUCAGUUUUCCGAGACUCCUCGUCCGACCCAUAAACUUGUUGUCUACAGAAUUCUUCAUUAUCUGAAAGGCAUUAUUGGUCUUGGUCUGUUCUAUUCCUCUAAAGCCGAGUUACAAAUUCAAGCCUUUGAUGAUGCAGACUACAACUCCUGUCUAGAUACUCGUCGCUCUACUUCCGGUUUUUGCAUGUUCUUAGGCACUUCUCUUAUUUCUUGGAAAUCGAAGAAACAGAAGGUUGUCUCUAAAUCUUCUGCAGAAUCGUAG